AUGCCGCGCUCCGAGUACGACGUGCAGAAGGGGGCGCCCACCCCGGCCGACACGUCCUUCCGGUCGUGCGUGCUCGCCAUCCUCAUCUUCAUCGUCCUGUGCCUCGUCUUCGUGCUGCUCGCCGUGCUGCUGCGCUCGUCUCGCUCCUCCGAGCACAGGGCCGUGGUGGCGCCCGUGCACAGGGAUUCCGAGAAGGUGAACGAGCAAGACCGGUUAAAAGGUAUACUAGAAGAAGAUAUAGAGACACUCACAACGACGACGUCCAGUCGCAGGCCGACGACUGGAACGAGGCAGCCUGCCGCUACCACGACGGAGGCUGCGGUGGUGACGGAACGGAAAGCGUCAUCCGAGGACAGCAAGGCGAGGACUGUCGGCGCGGUGGGCACCAAUGUCACCACCGAGUCGCCAGUAACUGCCGCAACAGAGGGGCCCAUUACAUCACCGGCGCCUUCGACCGGAAAAUCGGUGGCACAGACGACGCGUAACUACACCGAAGGUACCACGCACAGCUCAGUCAUCGAACACGCCACUCCCCCUCCCACUCGUACAAACACCACCACUGCUGGACCUCAACCAGCGUCGACGAGCGAAGAGUCAGUGGCACAGACGACGCUCGACCACCGCAGCACCCUCAGUGGUGGUGUCAAUCACAGCUCAGGCACUGAAGACGUUACUCUCCCUCCCAAUCGUACAAACGCCGCCACCACCACUUUUAGACCUGAACUGGCGCCAUCGAGUGGAGAGUCAGUGGCACAGACGACGCAUCACCGCGGCAGUACACUCACAGAGGACGCCACACUCAGCUCAGUGACUGAGAACGUCACGCAUCCCUUGUCUCACACAGACACCACCACUGUUAGACCUCAGUCACCGCCGAUCGUCUUCGUCUCUUCGCCAACCAGUGACAUACCAACAAGUUACUUGCCCAGCAGCGUUUCCCCCAUUGUUGUAGACCACGGACCUGUGACGACUACCAGUAAACCACACUCCACUACUCCGAAUGGGACCACCGAAUCUUUGGGACCGCGAGUUAGCGACACUGACAGGCUCUUCUCAGUUUUUGAGUCGACUAACGACUCCUCCACACCUGCCAAUAAUGUCACUGGCGCAUCACCAACACCUGCAGACCGUACCGAGACUACGACCGCCAGGACAGCUGAUGAAGUGGUUACAACUAACGCCAGUGCCACUGAGAGCGACCGCUCUGGCUUGCGACGGCUCGUCGAGUCGUCAUCUUCCGAGGAACAGACGACGGUUAUGAGUGUAGCAACGAGCAGUGGAGACGCCAGCUCCGGCACUGGCGACGGUCUUCUCGUCGCUCGGAACGACAGCUCCCUGACGACGCGAGGCAGUGGGACGACGACCGCCGGGCCGAACCUCACCCGGGAAGCCUCGACCCGCGCGACUCACCUGGAGUCCGAAGCAGCCACUCCAGCGCCGACUACGGCCUCGACGAGUAGGGUGAGCGACCACAGUUCCACGACUACCCUUACGACGAACAGGUACGUCGUGGAGCAUAUCGCCCAUUCGGGCUCCUCAGCCGCUACAUCCGAGCGAGAAGACGAAACUGUGCCAACGACGACAACGGAAACUGCUACGACCACCAACAGGACGACGGCAGCCUCCAGCGUAGACUCUGCUCUCGAGCCCAUUGUGCCAACGACUCGAGCUCCAGAGAGCAACGUGUGCCGGACGGACGCGUGCUACCGGCAGGCGCAGCACAUGGCUGCCAUGAUGAACCACACGGCGCCGCCGUGCCGCAGCUUCUACGUGACGGCCUGCGGCGGCCUGCAGAGCGACCCCCUGCUGCAGGAGUACGACCCGCAGAAGGAGGCCUUCCGGAGGAUCGCAGAUGUGACAAGAUCCAGCAAGGAGCUGCCCUCAGCGAUCAAGAAACUGCGGGAGUUUGAGGAGAGCUGCAUGCAGUACGAGAGACAAAUGGGCAAAGAGCGGCGGAAUGCUGAAGUACGAAAGGUAAUGAAUAACAUUGGAAACUUCUCAUUUGAUAAUGAUGAAUGGAAGGACUUCCGCUCAAAAUUUGCUGAUCUUUUCUCUACAUUGAUAAAAUAUAAUAGUUCUCCUCUGUUUGAUGUUCUGUUGGAUGUGGAAAGUAAGAAUAAGCCAACAUUUGUGUUUAAACUUGUACCACCACUACCUGGAGGUAGAAUCUUCUCUGGAGACAGGAGGACAUCCGAUUGCUGGAGAAGUGCAAGUCAGAACAGUAACAAACCUGAAAUGGAUAUGGAUAACAAAUAUUUGUCAUAUAGGAAUUGUAUUGAGGAUUAUGAAAUCUUCAGCAAUACUGUAGAUCUGGUUAAGAAUCUUGGUUACUUCAAUGAUGCUGAUGAGACUGCUGCUGCAAAAUUUAAUGAAAGCUUAACAUUUGCUCUCAUUGACUUACAUAAGUAUAUGAAAAUACCUAAGGAGGCUAAAGUACGGCAAGAACAGUUUACAAAGAAGUUCAGGCCAGUAAAAAUAGCAGAAAUGGAUGAAAUGUUUCCUCUGAUUGACUGGAAAAAACUGUUCAUGAAUCUUGUGGAUGACUACCAUGAAUCAAUUGGAGAGCAAUUGGUUCAAAUUUAUUCCACCGAGUAUUUUGAUUACAUUUUUCAGGAUUUGGCAGAUAGAGCAGAGGGUGAGCAUCCAUUUGCUAAAGACCUGAGUAAUGCUCUUUUGGCCUAUGCAGCACAGACACUUGUUGAAGAUCUUGUGGAACCGCACAGUUCAUGCGAUCGUGAAGCAUACUGUCAAGAUGUUGCAUACGACCUGAUGUCACAAGCUGCCUCUUCAGCAUACCUUCGAAGCUUUAGUGCUGAAGACCUUAGAAGAAUGGAGAAUCGUGCCAGAGCAACAUUCACACUCCUCAAAGAUACUUUAAAUGAUGAAUUUGAGAAUGCAACAUGGCUUGAUCAAGAAUCCAAAACAGAAGUCUUUGAACAACUAAGAAACAUAAGCCUUGCACCAUAUAAUUGGGAAAGCUUCCUGCUAAAUGACACUUACCUGGAUGACUAUUAUAAACAGAUUAACAUCAACCCUACAAAUUAUUUUGAAAAUGCUAUCAAUUUGGUUCUGUUGAACAAGAAGCAUUCAUACUCUAUGUAUCUGAAAAAUCCUCUCUUACCUCAAUAUGUAUGGUCUCAUUUCAAACUUCCAUACCAGAGUACUGGCAAUGUAAUAUAUGGCCUUAACACAGUUGUUAUUCCAAUUGGACUUCUGUCAAAAUUUAGUAAUGAUGCUCCACUUCCAAAAUACAUUAACAUGGCAGGAGAAGGUCUUGUAAUGGCACAUGAACUUGCACACAUGUUUGAUUUUGUUGGUAUGAAGCGAGAAUUUCAUGAAGAACAUUUAAAACUCAGUUCUCACUCAAAUUCAAUAUUCAAGGAAAUGGAAAUGUGUAUUAAUACUGAAUAUGAUUUCAAAAAAUCUCAUCCAGCAGAGGAUGGAAAUCUCAUUGUGUUUCAGACUAAUGGUGCUUUAUCUGCUAAUGAGCGAAUGGCAGAUUAUACUGGUGUGUUGAUUGCCUACAGUACUUACUUAAAGCACUGGGGAGAUUCUGAGGAGUUACUGCCUUUAAUUUCAAGUUGGACACCAGAUCAACUUUUUUUCUUGCAGGCAACUCAGGACCUGUGUUCAAAGAGAAAAAUAUAUCACCACUUCCUAGAAAUUUUUGAAGAUGUGCAUCUGCCAUCAGCAAUCAGGGUUGAAAACAUGGUUUCAAAUUCAGAUGAAUUUUCAGAGGUUUUCAGUUGCCCAAAAAAAUUACAUUGUGAUGUCUUCCCAAGAAUUCCAGACCCACCUGUAGUAAAUUAAUGGAACAUUCAUAAGUUCCAGAUGUUCUGAGGAUGAGGUUGUGAAUGUGAAACCAUAGAGGAAAGUGUUAAUGCACAUCCUUUACUCCAGGACUGAAAAACUGAUGUAUAAACACUUCUCUGUGGUUUAAAUAUAGACUUCUGAGGUCAUUAAUAUGAAACAAGUGCAAUGCGUUUGUGUGAUAUUAACUCUGAAUUAAAUAUCAUAUGGUAUCAAGAAAUAUUACCAUGAACCAGUAUUGCUGUACAGUGUAAAUAUAAAAACCACUGAUUCAUUAGUAA